AUGUUGGUUUAUCUUGUUUUCUUAGCGGUUCCCGCCGUUUAUAUUAUAUUAUCAUUUAUCUUUCUUCGUAAACCAAAAUGGCUUCACAAACACCGUCAACCUGCUUUUAUGGCUCGAAAUAUAGCUCAUCGAGGAGGAGCUGGAGAAUCAAUUGAAAAUUCUUUACUUGCAUUUGACAAAGGACUAACAAAUGGAGUAGAAAUGCUUGAAUUAGAUUGUCAUUUAACUAAAGAUCAUCAAGUUGUUGUUCAUCAUGAUUUUUCAAUAAAUAGAACAACCGGUGAAGAUAAAUUUAUUCGAGAUAUUGAUUAUAAUGAUUUACCAUUGAUUAAUACCAAUGUAGAACUUUAUUAUGACACAUCUGUCAUUAUAUCAUGUGAUAAUAAUCUACCAAAUAGUGAAUUAUUACGUAUACCAUUAUUAAAAGAUGUUUUCGAACGUUAUCCAACAACACCAAUUAAUAUUGAUGUUAAAGAAAAUAAUGAUGAGCUUAUUCAAAAGGUUUCAAAACUUAUUCAAGAAUAUCGACGAGAACAUAUAACUUAUUGGGGUAGUUUUAAUGAUGUUGUAUGCAAAAAACUAACUGUUGAAAAUUCACGUAUUGUUCGUUUUUGUUCUUUAAAAGAAGCAGCCGUUAUUGUUCUUACAUAUUGGCUUGGUUUAUUACCGUUUAUACCAUUAGUACCUGGUGCUUUUGAAGUACCUAUACCCGGUGAAGUUUUUCGAAAACAAGCACAAAAUUUAACUUGCUUACAAAGAACGCUUUUUUUCCUCGCUGAAAGAGCAUUAAAUAGUAAAGGAAUGUUUGUACAUUUACAACGACGUGGUAUCCCGGUUUACGUUUGGAUAUUGAAUGAGAAUCAAGAAUUUGAAUAUGCAUUUCAAAAAAUGUCUGUUACCGGUGUAAUGACUGAUUAUCCCAGUCGACUUCAAAAUUAUUUAAAAUCCAAUAAACUUAAUUAUUUUUUAAGUGUAUGA